GGUGUGGACCAUCACGUGGCGGUGCUCCAAGACCACAUGCAUAAUUUAUUUUGGAAAAUGAGAUUGGAGUAAACUCCUACCGAUUGGACAUCUUUUUUACCUAAUCCCCAUUUUUCGGACAGCGUAGUCAGGAUUUUGUUUGUUUUGGAGUCGGACAUGCGAUAUUAUCUGGGUUGCUAUACAGUGUAGUCUACUUGCUGGUCGUUGGACCAAAGAAGAUUCUUGCGCGAGCAAUCGCACAAAAGACGCUUGCUUGUUCCUAUUCUUGUUAGGUGUGAAGAAAGCAGCAAAAGAAAGCAAGAAAUUCAGGCACUUUAUCAGGGGUCACACCAUCUGUUUGAUAAAAUUCCCCAGACAAUGUGCUAGUUCUGUGGGUUUUCCAAAGUUCUUGUACUUUUCAUGUUAAGUUGUCAAUUGCAUGACUUGUUCACUGAGUUUCUUUGGAAGAGAUGCUAUUCUUAUGGAAACCGACAUGGCGAAGUUUGACGCGGCUGCAAACUAUCAGUGCCUGGAAGCCCACGCAACGUUUUCCGCCACUCUACUGCACAAUGCCACCAACCCAUUUGCAUACAGAUAUCCAAGAGCUAUGUAGUGUUGUUUGUAGGAGCUUUGGGGGUUUAGAUGAACUGGAAGCGAGUCUUGAUAGAUUUAGCAUUCCUCUCACGUCAUCCCUUGUUACCCAAGUCAUUGAUUCUUGUAAAAAUGAAGCGCCCACUAGGAGACUGUUAAGGUUCUUCUUAUGGUCACACAAAAAUUUAGAUGAUAAGCUGGAAGACGCGGAUUAUAACCAUGUGAUUCGGGUGUUUGCAGAGAAUAAGGACUAUAGGGCAAUGGAGAUACUAACAUCGGAUCUUGGCAAGGAAGGUCGGAAGAUGGAGACUUGCACAUUUAGUGUUGUAGCUGAGGCAUUGGUUAAAUUGGGUAGGGAAGAAGAGGCAUUGGGGAUUUUCAAGAACUUGGACAAGUUCAACUGCCCACAAGAUAGAGAUACAGUCACAGCUAUUGUUAGUGCCCUUUGCUCCAAAGGGCAUGCUAGGAGGGCUGAAGGGGUUGUUUCCCACCAUAACAAUAAGAUUUCAGGUGCAGAGCCUUUGAUUUAUAGAAGUCUACUAUAUGGGUGGUCGGAGAAGGAGAAUGUUAAGGAAGCACGGAAAAUUAUCAAAGAGAUGAAGUCUCUUGGUUUUACGCCAGACCUCUUUUGCUAUAAUACAUUCCUCAGGUGCCUUUGUGAGCGAAAUUUGAAAUCGAAUCCGUCAGGUCUUGUUCCUGAAGCUUUGAAUGUGAUGAUUGAAAUGAGGUCUUAUCAGAUUAGCCCCACCUCAGUCAGUUAUAACAUAUUACUCUCUUGUUUGUGUAGGACACGAAGGGUCAAAGAAUCUCUUCAAAUUCUCAAUAUAAUGAGGAGUUCAGGUUGUUUUCCUGAUUGGGUUAGCUAUCAUCUUGUUGCAAGAGUCCUAUAUUUGACAGGUAGAUUUGGGAAAGGUAAGCAAAUAGUCGAGAAGAUGAUAGAGGAUGGGUUGGUGCCCAAACGAAAGUUUUAUUAUGACCUAAUUGGCAUUCUGUGUGGAGUUGAAAGGGUGAAUUAUGCUCUUGAGCUGUUUGAGAAAAUGAAGAAAAGCUUUUUAGGUGGCUAUGGGCCUGUUUAUGAUUUGCUUAUACCAAAGCUUUGUAGAGGAGGAGAGUUUGAGAAGGGCAGAGAGCUAUGGGAGGAGGCAACGACAAUGGGUGUCACUCUUCAGUGUUCAAGAAAUGUGUUGGACCCGUCAAUCACUGAGGUGUUUAAGCCAGUGAGGAAGGUGAAGGAAGAAGUUAACCUCGUCGACCACACACCUAGAACCAAACCCCGCGUAGCAAAGACUAUCAGAAAGAAUUAUAAGGGUAAAAGCAAAAAAAGAACAAAAUAAACGCUUCUCGUACUUACUUGAUAUUUGACAUCUUCCUCAUUGUUGCUCUUUCAUUGAGCUUCAUUCUUCUUAGCAUUUUUCUAUUUUCCUCAGCUUUUUUAUCCCCUUGAGAUCCCAAGUAACUUUAAUGGUGUUUUAUUUAUAUUAGGAUAUUGAGUCUCGCAUGCUGACUCUUAAAAGAAAAUGUCAUGUUUUCAUCGAUAACUGACGAAUGUCAUUUUUUUGUUGUUGUUGUUGUAAACGAAGGGAUUGGUGUUCACAGCUUUCUGCAGUUUAAGAUCUCAAAACAAGCAUGUUGAUGUUAGUAUGAUCAACGGAAUCCCUGAACGCAUUCCUUUCCUCAGUUCCUGUUUCUUUCAUCCUGCUGGCAUAAU